AUGAGAAUCCGGAUUCAGUCCGAUGUUCUGCUCCGUGAUCUUCAGGAGAUAUUCGAUGUGCCACUACAGGAGAAAUCGCUCAUCAUGAUUCCACCCUUCAAACUUCUCAUACAUGGAUGGUCCGAAAUCAAAGCACUCUUGAAAAGACUCGAGAAUCAACUUACGUCCAGUACGCUCCCUACCCAGAACUCCCCCGAAGCGGGGCCUAGCGAUCGUGGUCAUGACUAUACUGUAGCACCAUCGCCUAUAGAAAAAGGUAGAACUUCAAACUUCCGCAAAUUGGAGCCUCUAGAGAAUGCUGAAAGCCGGAAAGGCCUAGCUACCAGGGUAUCUCACCUCCAAUGUCUUCACAAAUUCGUUCAGAGAGAUCUGGCCCAUCUGAUCGGCUUGCGAUUAAAGGUAGCAAGCGGAGUGCUCAGAACGGUAACAUUUGAGGAGGUAUACUACCUCUUUUCUCCAGGCGACCUGGUACUGUCUGCCUCCACCGGCGAAGAGCAGCUUUCUCAGGUCUACUCGGUUUCCGGCGGUCGUGUGAGACUCUUGAGAAAGACAUACCAGGAAAGUCACUACAGACCUCCUUCUUCAACUGAAGAAGAAUUCGAUGUCAAUACCGGAGCUGGGACUUGGACGGAUGUGAUCGUCGAUACCUUCGUUAUGAUGGACAAUGGAACCAAUAUUGGGCCAAUCCAGCUCAACAUCCAUCUCAAGCAUUUCACAGGCGAGAAGCCCAUUACGCACCUUGAGGCUUAUCCGAUUCGCUUUCAUCCCAACUCGGCGAAGAUAUGUGAUAAUUUGGAAUUGAGAGGUAAGGCCUACAUGCAGUGUUCGGGUCACAAGAAGUACGACGGACCGAACAUGGUUCCAUGGCAGGCGUUGACUACCAUGUUGCCUGAGUAUGAUUCACCGUCGAGUUCUUGGAGGCCAGGUUUCGCGACGCAAGAACUUCUCCGGGGUGUUGAGUAUAUAGAGAGCGACGUUUACAUUGAUCUCAAGGAGUUCUACAGCGAGCAAACCUCCAGGAGUAUGCCUAUGAGCACGAGACACACACGGAGCUUCGACAUGGGCCGGUUGCACAUUAGUCCGUACAACCGCAGAGAAACUAAUGAGAGCGUUAUCGGCCAGCUUAAUAGAGAAGUCAGCAGCGGAGAUUUUGAUAUCGACGAGGCACGUACCGGGGCAUUCCUCCUAGCGCACCGCGACGCCAUGCAGCUUAGGUCCAGGAACCUUGGACUUGAUCCUGCAUACCUCCUGCUUCUUCCUUAUCAGGUACCAGCAUUUGAGUUUCGAAGCCGGCGGUGGAUUUGGAUCAGCGUCGACGGCAUCGAAGAGAUCGACAAAACAGAGCAGGCCCGGCAAAGUGGCUGGAAUGAUUUGGUCAUUCCAGAAGAGUAUAGACGUCUGCUAGCAUCCCUGGUCGAUAAUCACACGUCGAGUGUGAACGGCGAAAGGCAGAAAGCGGAUCUCAAGAGCAGCCUAAGCAUGCAGAUCGACCUGGUAAGGGGCAAAGGCCGUGGACUGAUUAUCCUUCUCCACGGGCCCCCAGGAUCAGGCAAGACAAGCACCGCGGAAACAAUUGCUGCCUACUCAGGAAGGCCGUUGUACUCCAUCACCUGUGGUGAUAUCGGUAUUACUGCCGGGGAGGUCGAAGGACGCCUCCAAUAUCACACACGCCUAGCUGAGAAGUGGGGCUGCGUGCUACUCCUAGACGAGGCAGAUGUAUUUCUCAUGCGUCGAAGCUGGGAUAACAUGCAUCGCAAUGCGCUUGUGUCUGUCUUUCUCAGACAUCUAGAAUACUAUUCAGGUAUUCUGUUUCUUACCACCAAUAUUGUUGGCGUGAUUGACGAGGCUUUCAAAUCGCGCAUCCACGUGGCUCUCCAGUAUCCAAGCAUUGAUUUGGACUCAACUCUGAAGAUUUGGUCCAAUUUGUUGAGUCGGAUUACUAAGGAUAACGAAACGGCCGAGACCAAGAUUGAGUUUGAACGUACCCGGCUUCUCGACUUUGCACGGCAACACUACCAGAAGCACGAGGCUAACGAUACGACAUGGAACGCACGCCAGAUACGCAACGCCUUUCAGACGGCGAUUGCGCUUGGGCAUCACGAGCGGCUGCAGCGGAUCAAGGAUGAGGGACUUACUCCAGAACAAGCGUUUCUGUCUGGGGAUAAGAGAAUUAUGGUGGUCCGUCUGACGAAGCGCAACUUCAGCACCAUAGCUAAGACUGCGCGGGACUUUGAGGAUUACAUUAUCUCCGUCCGCGGACCGGACCGGCAAGUGGCGUUCACGAGCCAGCAACGGUAUGACGACUUCGGGAAGAAUAUCCCCAGGGCACGCAAAGACUACUCUUCACGUCAAGGGGGGCACGGAAGGACGACUGCCAUAAGGGAGCAAGGCAAUUUGUCAUCCAUAGCACGGCCUCAAAAAGGCAGGGAGGUGAUGAAGAAAACUGUAUUCUAUGGGAGUGCCGACGAUGACGAAGAGGAAAAAAUACAAGUGAAAAGGAGCGGAUCCGGCCGCGGAGAUGAGACGCUGAAUGACGACGAUGAUGAUGACUCGGAAGGAUAUUCAGUUUGA